UCGGUUUUUUAUUUUAUUUAAAGUGUGUGAAACUGUUUCAAUGGAGAGUGUAAAUGCUAAGUACGUGUCCCAGAAAAUCAGUAAAACCAGAUGGCGACCUGUAUCGCAUUCGUCUUUGCAGCAACCAGACAUCUUUGCGACUGGCUCGUGGGAUAACGAGAAUAACAAGAUUUCCUUUUGGUCAAUUGGGAAUCAUGGAAGUUCUGACAUGGAAGAUGGAUUUGAAGGAGACCCACAGCUUUUAUGUGAACACAAGCAUGAUGGAGAUGUUCUGGACCUUCAAUUUUUGGACCAAGACAGAAUUGUCACAACAUCGUCCACUGGAGCAGUCACCAUCUUCCGCCACCACCAAAACAGUGAGACGAUAUCGGUUUCUCAAAGCUGGCCACGAGUGCAUCGUUACCCUUGUGACAACGCUCCCUGCACUGGUGUUGUGUGCAGCAGCCCUGAGAUCGUCACAGUUGGUGAAGAUGGCAAGAUCAUCGUCUUCAGAGCCGACCAGGAGGGAGUGGUUCGAGUCAUAGAGAACGCAGACAGCAGCACGAUUCAUGCCGUGACCUACCUGAGGACAACAGAGAUCUUGACCGUGAAUUCUAUCGGCCAACUCAAGCUGUGGGACUUCAGACAACAGAGCAACUCGCCGUCCCAGAUUCUCUCCUUGUCAGGGGAUAGGGUGCCUCUGCACUGCGUGGACAGGCAUCCGAACCAACAGCACAUUGUUGCCACCGGAGGACAGGACGGCAUGCUCUGUGUCUGGGAUGUGAGACAAGGCAGCACCCCCUUCUCACUUAUGGAGGCACACUCUGCUGAAAUGUGGGAAGUCCACUUCCACCCAACCAACCCAGAUCAUCUGUUCACAUGCUCAGAGGACGGUUCCCUGCUGCACUGGGAGACUUCCACACAUUCAGACAUGCCCUCCUUCUUACAAGGUGGCAGGAACAACAGCAUGAUAUCUCGCAGUGCGAUGGCCCCGGCUGGAGGGAACCAGUCCCUCAUCAGCGCCUGGCUCAACGGAGACUCCAGUAAAGGCCGUCUGGAGACGACCCACAUGCUGCCCAGCCAGACGCUGUCCGUCAACAGUCUGGAUGUACUUGGACAAUUUCUUGUCUGUGGGACUGACGGAGAGGCAAUCUUUGUCAACAGACAAGUCCCAGUUUAAAGAGUUGUUUGUACGCAGGACAAGAUGUGGCGGAAGAUCUGUUUAUUUGCUGUCAAUUUCACUCACAACAUAUGUCUUAUUGUUUCAUUUGAUCAUUCAAGGUGCCCAAAAUACUGUGUUCAAAAAUGUGCUUGUGAGAUUUUGACUUAACUUGUGCAUUUGUCUGUCAUAUAAUGUUGCAAACACACUAUUUGUAUGGAUGUCAUUGAAAACUGUUUUGAAAUAAAUAAAUAAAACGCCUUUACACAAAAGUCUUGUGCAUCCA